GUCUUUUUCCGACUGUCCUACUGUCAAGUAUCAGGGCCAUUCUAGGGCGAGCAAUGUCGCUGCGGACCUGGGGGGUUUUGAGGAACAAUGGUCUUGUGAAUGCGCCUCCCAAUAAUAGAAACUCCAGGAACCAUACAGUUAUCUCUUCGCAUCGCGUUGCUUGGACGCGAGCAAACAUGGCAAGUAGCGCUCACGAUCGCCGCACAAGCCAACAAACGGCAAACAGCGUUGAUCCGCUGACGCCAGAUAUCAUUUGUAAAGUAGCAGAGCAGCUGCCGCCGAACGACGUCGCUUGCGGCCUCAAGCUCGCGAGCCAGGUCCUCGCCGCACCUUUGCGUGGCCUCUACCGCACCGUUCACCUGCAGCAUCCCACCAACCCGGACCUGCCUUGUGAGCCCUGGCCCGGGCCGCACUUCGUGUCACACUGGGGCCGGCCCGAGCCCUGGCGUGCCCUGACGCUGCGGCAGCGGCGGCGGGUCCUGGGCCUGGCAGCGGCGUCCGGCGAUGCUGCAAGCCUGGACAUAGCGCUUGCGCACUGUGGCGCUAGCGCGGGCGAGGCAGUCGUGCCGCCGGCCGCCGCCGGCAGCAUCCCUGCCCUGGAGCGGCUGCUGCAGCUGCCGGGGGGCCGGGACUGCGUGUUCGAGGCGGCCUGUGCGGCGGCGGGCGCGGGCCAGCUGCACGUCCUGCAGUGGCUGCACCGGCGGCCGGACUACCGCGCCGCACUGGACAACGUCGUGUCGAGGCGCUGCGUGAUGGAGGCCGCCGCGCGAGGCCGCCAGGACGCAGUGAUUGAAUGGCUCCUUCAGCAGGACCUGGUUACCUGCCAGAACAAGGAUGCCAGGACCUGGGUCAUGGUGGCCGCCGCUCUGGGCUGCAAGCCUGUACUGUCGCGUGCGUUUCCCGCCAUGCUGCGGUGGCACCAUCGCCACACAUCGGUGCUGCCCUCCUUUGUGUACGGCUGUACGCUGUCGGAGCUGCAGCAGCACUUUGACGCCAUAGUAGACACGCCCGAGGAGUUGUACCAACUACCCUUGGGAUUGUACGUGUCCGUGGCGGCCGCCAGCCCGGCCUCCGACUGGCUGCAGAGGGUGGAGUACCUGGAGCAACGCUGGGCGGCGGCGACGGCGGGCCGGCGGGGAACAGCGGAUGACGACAACUACCACCAGAAGCGCCUGCGCUCGCCGUGGCUGCACAUUACGGUCUCCAGCGAAACCUACACUACUCUUAAGACGCCGCCAGACUACAUACAACGGCUGGAGGCUCUGGUGGCGCGCGGUUACACACUGGACUGCACUGCCUUGGCGGCAGCUGCGGACGGGACGACCGACCUGGGCAUUCUGCAGUGGCUGCUGGACGAGCAGGACUUCCGGCCCGCUGACAACCCUUACGUACUGCGGGGGCUGUGCGACGAGGCGUCGCUGGCCGGGCUGCACAUGCUCUGGGCGCGCGGCAUCAUCACUGAUCACCAGCUCUUCGAUGCGAUCAGCAGCAGGGACGGGAUCUCCUGGAGGGAGCGCCGGCUGGAGCCAGAGGCAGUAGGGGCACUGGUGGACGGCAUGGAGGGCGGGAACAAUGCGGCUGGCUGGGGCUUCCUGUUUGGUGCGGCGGCGGAGCGGGGUAUGCCACUCGCGCUGCUGCGGGCGCUGCACGAGCGGCGCGGUGCCGCCAUCGACCUGGGCGCGAUGGUGCGAGGCGGCUGCAGCGUGGAGGCGCUGGAGUGGGCACGGCACGCGCUGCAGGGGGCGGCGGCGACAGAGCAGGUGAGCGACUGCUCGCUGUCGACUAAGGAGCUGUGGGCGGCGGCCUGUGCCGGAAACUUUGACGCCGCGGACUGGCUAUGCGACAGGGGGCUCGUCAGCAGCGCGGCGCAGCAGCAGCCCGCCGGCGGCGGCGGCACGGCCGCGCCUCUGGGUGCAGAGUGGGUUGUGGCGCAGGUAGAGGCUACGGUGGAGAUGACUGUAUACAAGCGUCGGGCGGCGAUGGUGGGCCUUGCGUGGUGGCGCCAGCGGGCAGGGCAGGAGAAGCUUAGCCCAGAGCAAGAGAAGCGGAUUAGCAGAGUAGUACUGGAGGCGAAGCGCUAGCGGCAGCCAAGAAAACUAACGAAGCAAAGAUGUGUGGGCGGUCUGUGUGAGUGUGUUGAAGGGAUGUUGUACAUGUGAGCGCAGCACUUGUGAAAGCUGACGACAUGCACGGAGCUGGAAGUGGGUUUCAAUAACGCUAGACGUAUCUUCGCAUAGAAUAAUUGCUGAACGCUGAAGGCACCAUCGUGCCCACCGCCGCUUUUACUUCCGACACAAGUAAGCGAGAUGGUGGGGCAAGAACGAUUGGGACAGAUGUUUAGGCGUGGGCUCUUCACACACGGAAGCGCAGCUACCAUCGCUUGGGCCCCCAUGCGGUACUGACCUGGGCACUGUAUCACAGCCUUACAGGCAUGCACACGCAAAUCUGAACUGCUU